AUGCCUGCCUACGAACUCCGAUCGGGUGGUGAUGUCAAGAACAAGAAGCAGAGUGUCGCCGAUUUGAAAUACCGUCGCUUGACUGAACUCAAUGCACGUUUGAAGGAGGAUCUGGACCGUCCUCGGGUCAAGGUCUCCGAGGCAGCUCUCUCUCUGAUCAGUUACUGUAACAACACUCGCGAUUUCAUGGUUCCUUCUGUAUGGGGACAGGUCGACAAGCGCGAGGACCCCUACGCUCCCCAACAGCAGGGAGGUUGCUGCACCGUCAUCAGAAACUUCAGAAGUACAGAAUACUAUCUGAGUAACUUGUCUUCUGUACUCUCCAUGGACCCCUCAGAAAAGAAAACAGACCUAUCCCACGUCCACCUCCCCCGCAUCUCAAUCAAAUACUGCACCCAAUGUCGAUGGAUGCUGCGCGCCGCAUACUUCGCCCAAGAGCUCCUGUCGACAUUUAGUACCGAUCUCGGUGAAGUCGCGCUGGUUCCUAUGACCGGGGGCAUAUUUACGGUGACGAUCUGGCACCAGGAAACCAUUGAGGGACAAGGUGUGACGAGGGAGAAUAUACUAUGGGAUCGGAAGAGGGAUGGUGGAUUCCCUGGUAUGUUUUCAAGGUUUUAUAUAUAUUGGAUUUUAUAUCUUGAUAUAUUGAUCUUGGUGUUGUUGAUUUGGUGCAUGUUUGCUGAUUCCUGGACAGAAGUCAAGGCUCUUAAGUCGUUGGUGCGUAAUGUUAUUGCACCGGAGCGAGAUCUGGGACAUACGGAUCGGGCAUUGAGGGCGCAGGGACAGGGUGGGACGUUGAAGGCGCAGCAGGGGGAGCAGAAGGAGAAGAUGAAGGAGGAAGAGGCUAAGGAGGUUGCUUGUGAGGAUUGUCAAUAA